AUGACGAAAAUCGAAGAGGGCAUCUUUGAAAAGCUUUGCUCCAGUGUUCGCCAACGUGGCAUGAGCCGUUUCAUCUCACACGAAGCAAUAGCGAAAGGUGUGUUUAACACUGGAUGGACCUCCGGGCUGUUGGGUUGCGAAGCGUGGCGGGAUGAGUUCACAAAUCUAAGGGAUGGCAAGCUUGUUGGGCUUUUUGUGGAGCGCGUCAUCGGAGAUUGGGACAAAACUCCGAGUCAGCUUCGCAAAUCGCUGGUGUACAAGGAAGCUGUGACCCUCCAUCAGGCCACCGCUGCCUUCCUGCAUUUCCUGUCGGUCUUGAGGCGAGGGUUUCCGGCCAGAGAGUUCAGUGAGGCCGAGGCAUCUUUGCUGCAGCAAUUCAAGCAGGGUUUUUUAGAUCCUGAUCUCCUUCAUGCAGUGAGCGGCCAAGUUCCUCCGGGUGAUGUUCGCUCGGUCGGAGCUUUCAGGCCAUACAUCUCCAAGAUGGAAACCACAGCCCGCGCAGAGAAGGAGGCCAAGGAUGCCCAGCUUGCCGCGAACGUGCGUCAGGCUGACUUGCAGCAGUUGAUGGCCAAGCUGGAGGCCGACUUUGAACUUUUGCAGAGUUUGAAGCCUGAUGAAGAUUCGGAAGCCCAAGAGCAUGCCAAAGACAUGAAGUAUUUGCGCGAUCGUCAACAGCAGGGUGAUGCGUACGUGGACGAUUGGAUGAAAGCCAAUUGUUGCCUUUCACAAACAGAUCCCACCAUGGAAGGCAUUGUGACCAAGUUCUUGGGUUGGAGGGAACAAUUUCGCGGUCAGGGAGAAGAGUUUAUAGUUUGCUCUUUGGAUUUCACGGUCUUCCCGGCCAACGCCACCUAUGUGGGCACCGCCUUGAAGUCGUUUGCUUCCUUGCUUUCGAUGUCUUCGACCGCUUUGGGCUUUGUCAUGUACCCCACGUGGCAAAGUCAGACUUCCGAGUCAGCUUUGGUGAAGCACAGGCAGAUGUUGGACAGUGCCUUUCUGAAAGCAGGCCUUUCUAUGAAGAACUAUGUGCAGAUCCUCUACACGAAGCCUGACUCCAACGCAAGAGAUGGGAGAGCUCUUGCGCAGCUUGGGCUUGCCACGUUCCACACCCAUUUUGACAGCAAUGCAUGGUCUUCCUGCAAGCCUUUGCGCGAAGGCACUGUUGGACCAUGCCCUUUGGCCAGAAUCAUGGAUUUCAUUGGGUACGACCAGGACGUCAGCAAGCCCGGUGCUUCGGCCAGGGUCGAGCAGAAAGGGGUGCCGUGUUAUGAUGCCAUCAUUUCUUCCCUACUGGAGGGCAUGAGGUUCCAGGACUCAGACAACAUCCUUUUUGUUGAUUUGGUGCCAAACCGGUUUUGCGAGUUCGGACGUGCGUGUUUGAAACGCGCACUGACUGGUUCUGGCCGCAAUCUGCGGUACUUUGGCUGCACGUUGGAAGAGUUCCAGACGAACAGCUCUGCCCUCAGGAACAUGACUUACAAGGAGUGGGACGGCAAUCCGGAGAAGAGUCCACCCAAAACGCGUGUCAGGGACAACGGUGGUCCAACUUCACAGCCUCCAGCCCUUGAGAUCCUGGCUUGGUCGGACAAUGCUCCAAGGUUUCCUGAUGUACUUUUGGCCAGAUUCCCGCAAGGCACGGUCGAGAACCACAAAAUCAUGGAGAUGCAUGAGAAGUUCAAGGAACAUUUUCCAGAGUCUUCACAGCCGGCGCCCGUUGAUCCACAAGGCGGCAGAGUCGGUGGAUUGUGUGACUACACCGUGGAUGGCGGGAAGCAACCGCUUGAUCCUGACCGAGACAUUGACCUUUGUUUCGUGCAAGCCUCUGAGCUUCCCGAAUCGAGGAAGGCCGAAUGUCCUGCCAUUGGCAAGAAGCCUGCCAUCAUCAUUGCAAGUGAUUUCAGCAUUUGGAUCGGCAACACUUCCGAUGCCCAUCUGGAUCUGAAGAGCAUUGAGCUGUUUGGGUUUGGCCGUGGUGUGUUCGAGGAAAAAAUUAUUUGCAACUCGGUUGAUUUUUGCCGCUUUUGCGUUCAGCGUCCAAUGGUCUUAAUACAUUAA